AUGCAAAGUGGACGUGUUGGUAGUAGCCGUGGCGAGCGGCGGAAUCCACUUGUAAAGCAGCUAGUGCUUGAGAAUGAUCGUCCAGCAAAGAUUAGUCAUUUAAAUUUUGGUCUUUUAUCCGACAUCGAUAUGAUGCGAAUGUCUGAAUUACGCGUGUAUUCAAAGGAUUUAUUUCAAUUACAAACACGAGAACCAGCAUUGAAUGGUGUCUUGGAUAAACGUUUAGGAAUAUCAAAUAAGAAGGACACAUGUGCUACGUGUCAUUUCAAACUCUCUGAUUGUGUUGGUCAUUUUGGGUACAUUCCCUUGGAAUUACCGGUAUUUCAUAUUGGGUAUUUUAAAGCCAUUAUAGAAAUUUUACAAACCAUUUGUAAAACCUGUAGUCGAGUACUCCUCCAACCGACUGAGCGAAGGACAUUUCUAAAACGCAUGGAAGAUCCAAAAGCAGAUGUUUUACGAUUGGUGGCAGUACGUAAAAAAAUUGUACAAUUAUGUAAAAAAACCAUUACAUGUCCCUAUUGCGAUGCAAUUAAUGGGACUGUACGUAAACUAACAAGCACGACAUUAAAAUUAGUUCAUGAGAAAUAUCGAGCCAAAACAACGCACGACCUUCGAAAUGUCUUUGUGGCUCAAUUUGAGCAUGCAAAUGAUCAGAAUAUGGAACUUGGCGUUCAUUUAUCCAAGGCCCAGGAAGAUUUAAGUCCAUUAAUGGUUCAAGCAUUAUUUCAACAGAUUCCAGAUCAGGAUUGUAAACUGUUAUGGGUUGAUGCGGAUACAGGACGACCGGAGAAAUUGAUUCUAUCGUCCGUGUUAGUACCACCAGUAUGUAUUCGUCCAUCGGUUGCAAUGGAUGGAGGAACGGGGAGUACUGAAGAUGAUAUUACCGUGAAACUUCAAGAAAUUGUACAAGUUAAUUUUGCUCUACGUGCUGCACUGGAAAAAGGGGCAUCGUUGAAAAUGGUGAUGGAGGAUUGGGACUUUUUACAAAUUCAAGUGGCGCAGCUUAUGAAUGGUGAUACGCCGGGGUUAGUUAAACCACCAGGAGCAAAAACUGGCAUUCGUGGACUUUGUCAGCGUCUAAAGGGAAAACAGGGACGUUUUCGUGGCAACUUGUCGGGAAAACGUGUGGAUUUCUCCGGUCGUACCGUUAUUUCACCAGAUCCAAACUUGCGCAUUGACCAGGUUGGUGUACCAGUCCAUGUAGCCAAGACGAUGACGUAUCCGGAAAAAGUGACACGGUAUAAUAUUGAGAAACUCCGCAAAUGCGUCGUGAAUGGACCAAAUGUGCAUCCAGGUGCCAAUGUUAUCCGUAUUGAAGGCCAGAAGUUCACAAAGAAUCUAAUGUAUGGCGACCGCGCAAGCCUGGCGGACGAACUCAAGAUUGGUGAUACCGUAGAACGUCACAUGGAAGAUGGUGAUAUUGUGCUAUUUAACCGCCAGCCUUCGCUUCACAAGAUGUCAAUUAUGUCUCACCGCGUGAAAGUGAUGCCAUGGCGCACGUUUCGUUUCAACGAGUGUGUUUGCUCCCCGUAUAAUGCCGAUUUCGACGGUGACGAAAUGAACAUGCAUCUGCCACAGACUGAGGAGGCUCGCACCGAGGCCAUCACACUGAUGAGCGUGGAACAGAACCUCAUUACGCCCCGCAAUGGUGAACCGUUGGUUGCAGCAACGCAGGAUUUCCUAACGGCUUCGUACUUGCUGACUCAGAAGAACAUAUUUUUCAACCGUGAGCAGUUUUGCCAGGUAGUUUCGAUCAUGAGUGAUGCAAAUGAAUACAUUGAGAUGCCACCUCCGGCAAUCGUGCUCCCGAUACGGUUGUGGACUGGGAAACAGGUGAUUAGCCUUUUGGUCAAGCCUAAUUUUCAAACAAAGGUGCUAGCAAAUCUGGAGCUAAAGGAGCGCAACUACACGAGCAACAAAUACAUGUGCUGGAAAGAUGGGUACGUGUGCUUCCGCAACAGUGAGCUUAUAUGCGGCAAUCUGGGAAAGAAGACGCUGGGUGACGGCAGUAAGCAAGGUCUAUUCUAUGUGCUGAUUCGUGACCAUGGGUCUCAUGAAGCCGCUCGGUGUAUGAACCGUUUGGCUAAGCUGUGUGCGCGCUGGUUGGGAAAUUUUAAGGGAUUUUCGAUUGGUAUUGACGAUGUGACCCCUUCAGAAGAGCUUGCCAAAGAGAAACAAAAGCUUCUUCAGACAGGCUAUGACGCCGCCAAUCAUUCUAUUGAAGACUACCGACAUGGCAAGCUUUCCCUGAAACCCGGGUGUAAUGCCAUUCAGUCGCUCGAGAGCGAGCUUAAUGGUCUACUAGGUAAGCUGCGAGAGACUGCUGGUGCCGAGUGUAUGCGUACGCUGCCAUUCCACAACAACCCGCGUAUUAUGGCUGAGUGUGGCUCAAAGGGAAGUGCGCUGAAUAUCUCUCAGAUGAUGGCCUGUGUGGGCCAGCAGUCGGUAGGCGGCAAGCGUGUUCCGGAGGGUUUUGUGAAUCGCACUUUACCCCACUUCCUCCCGCACGCUCUGCACGCAUCUGCCAAGGGUUUUGUAGCCAACUCGUUUUAUAGCGGCCUGACUGCUACUGAGUUCUUCUUUCAUACGAUGGGCGGACGUGAAGGUCUGGUCGAUACUGCUGUCAAGACAGCUGAGACGGGUUACAUGGCUCGUCGUCUAAUGAAGGCGCUGGAGGAUUUAUCAUGUCAGUAUGAUCAAACUGUGCGUAACUCGGAAGGUUCAGUGGUGCAGUUUGCCUACGGCGAUGAUGGUUUGAAUCCGGCAUACAUGGAAGGUGAUGACCGGCCGGUUGACUUUCGCCGUCUACUGGAACAUAUUCGUAACACAUUACCGGACCGCGAGUCUCCAGCACUACUACCUUUUGAGCUGCGUCGUCUGGGCAAGCAGGCGGUGCAACGCCCUCAGUUCCAAGCUAUUUUGCCGACGGGACGCAAGUUUUUGAUUGAGAUUGAAGAGUUCCUUGGCGCUGUUGCGUGCGAGAUUGCGGCGAACCGGACGGGGUGUGGUAUUGAUUCGAUGGAUAAGGAGGUGAAGACAUACGCCUUGAAGCUGGAAAAAGCGUUUGAUGACGACGAGGCGGCCAGUUUGCUUAAGUCUAAGUCUGACGCUGGCGGUGAGUCGAAGAAGAAAAAGAAGAUACAGAUCUCUACGAAAUUGGAAGAGCUUGCAAAGCCACAGGGUAGGCGUCGCUUGGUAAAACCCCAUUCCGAGUCGGGCGAUGAUACAGAGGAUUCGGACGAGGAUAUGAGUUUGGACUUGACGACUUACAAGCGAAAAGGGCUGGAUAAGGUUGGCCUGCCUGAGUGGGAACGCGCUCGCUUUAAGACCGUAAAGGCUCGAGCAGAGUGGAGCAAGCGUGCAAGUAAAGAAGGAACUUUGGAGAGAGAAGAGGCUGCUUGGCUACUUUCUUAUAACGUGUGCCGUAUUACAGCAAAACAGGUCGAGAAGCUGCUGGAGAUCUCACUGUACAAGUACAACCGCGCGGGUAUGGAGCCCGGCGAGGCUGUAGGUGCUGUUGGUGCGCAGUCUAUCUCGGAGCCUGGUACGCAGAUGACGCUGAAGACGUUCCACUUCGCCGGAGUUGCUAGUAUGAACGUGACGCUGGGUGUUCCUCGUCUCAAAGAAAUAAUUAAUGCGUCAAAGACCAUUAGUACGCCUAUUAUCACGGCAGCGCUAGUGUGCAAGACCGAUGAACGCUCCGCGCGUAUUGUGAAGGGACGAAUCGAAAAGACUACGCUAGGAGAAAUUGCCGUGCACAUUAAGGAGGUCUUUGCUCGCGAUCAAGCGUACCUUUCUAUCAAGUUGGACUUGACGGCCAUUGAGCAACUACACCUGAACAUCACGGCGCGGUCGGUGCGAAACAGCAUCCUGAACGCCGUCGGUAUUGGCCCACGUGGCGCGCUUCGUCUACUGAAGGAGCAACAUGUGCUGUUGAACGCGCGUUGUCCCGACAAGCUGCGUCUACUGGCGCCGCCUAACUACAAGGGCGCCAAGGGUGACACACGUGGUGCCUAUUUUGCUCUGCAAGCACUUAAAACGGAACUGCCUGGUGUGAUUGUGCAAGGUAUUCCGACGGUGAACCGUGCUGUGAUUAAUUACGAGGAGGUGCAAGAAGCGGAUGCAUCAAAUUCGCUUCACUUGUUGGUAGAGGGCUAUGGUCUUGCUGAAGUCAUGGGUAUCCCCGGCGUUGAUGGGCUUCAUACGACUUCGAACCACAUCGUCGAGGUAGAGAAGACUCUUGGCAUUGAGGCCGCGCGUGAACUGAUCAGCUCCGAAGUGAACUACAUCAUGAGCGCUUACGGUAUCGGUAUUGACCGACGUCAUUUGAUGUUGUUAUCGGAUAUCAUGACGUUCAAGGGCGAAGUUUUGGGUAUUACACGUUUUGGUAUUGCAAAGAUGAAGGAAAGCGUGCUCAUGUUGGCGUCGUUUGAAAAAACGACUGAUCAUCUUUUCGAUGCGGCAGUUCAUUCACGUACGGACGCGAUUGUAGGCGUCAGUGAGUGCAUUAUCAUGGGCAUUCCAAUUCCAUUGGGCACAGGGAUAUUUAAGCUUUUACGUGACGUUGAGAAGCCGCAGGUACAGCAGAGACGACCACUUCUCUCUAGCCAGCUUUAG